AGAUUAGCCACUCCUCCGUUAGCAUACGGAUGCAGGCAAUGAUAGCUAACAGUUAGCUCGUGUUUUCGCAAUUUGAAAAGAUGGCUCGAGACCUGCAAGGUUUUGCGUUGGAAAAAGCCGAAGUGCUUUCCAGCCGUUUGAAAGAGCUCAUCUCUUCGGGGCAAGGGUACGUUCGGGCUCAGUUCGGGGUGGAUUUGGGUUUGAAGCCCGAGCUGUACCCGACGUGGGUCAUCCUGUCUACGGCCGCGGUGGGUCUGCUGCUGCUGCUCGGUCUGUCCUGGGCCGCCGUCUGUGGCGGUCUGCUCGUCGGGAAAAAACGAGGAUCCCCGGUCACCCAGGGCAGCGGUGAGCCCGUCAAGGCCACUUAUAUUAAAACUGCGAAACCAGAAGAACAGAAGAAGAGGAACAAGAAGAAAACGCUUGAAAAGAAGACACAGUCCAAUGGGCAACCAGUGACUGUUGCUCAAGAGGAAGUUCAGGUGACAGAGGUGGUUUCCAAGCUGUCCCCGCAGAUCAAAACCGAGAAGGUCCAUGAGGUACAGGCCCCAGUGCAGGUGAAAAAGAAUAAGAAGAAAACCAAGACAGAUGUGAAACCAGUUCAGCAUGUGUCUACAAAUGAUGGGAAGGAACCUGAUGAUGGUACCUGGGAGACCAAAGUCAGUAACCGAGAGAAGAGGCAGCAGCGCAGGAAAGACAAGGGUCCUGAGGAUUCUGGUAGCUCAGGAGGUGUGGAGGCCCCCAAAACCCACGUGAUGGCACCCAUAGCCACGGCAAAUACCAACACCAAGAAGAACAGAGGAAACCAUGAGUCGCUGCCUUCAAGAACCACUGGAAAGGGAGAUGCAGCCAGUGGAACUGGUAAAAACAGAGUGUCCACCAGCUGGAGAGAGGAGCCUUCGGUCAACGGUGUCGGAUGGACUGACAUUGCCUUGAAGCUCCCAGGCCAGAUGGGGGCUAUGGAGGGAACCAAGUGGAGUAACAUGCCCUCAGCUCCACAUUACAGAGCCCCAGCUGAGCCCAAGCACUGGGCACAGGAGACACAAGCAGCGUGGAGUGGCAUUGAUGGUCGGAUAAAGACUGACCUCAACCCUGUGUCUUUCUCCAUGCGAAGACUAAACACCACAGACCCAAUAUCAAAUUCAGUCGAGCUCCAGUGGGCGAGCCACACAGAUGCUGACGAUCAAUGGUCUGGAUUCAACGGGAUGGCAGCAGCAGACCCCAGCUCUGACUGGAAUGCCCCAGCAGAGCACUGGGGAAACUAUGAAGAGCCUCCUGUGCUGAUGACACCAGCUCCUCCACUGAAGGAACAGCCUGCCCCCAACAAGCAGUUAUCAGAGGAUGAUAAGGACUCAGAGGAUCCGUCUGGAGGAGCAGCCAAAUCCAAGAAGAAGAGGAAAAAGAAGAAGAAAACAGAGGAGGAGGUUGCGUCUGAGGCUCAGGCUCAAGCCUCAGCACCCCUGGUCAAUGCAGUGCCCAAACCCCAAGAGCUUCCUGUGCUGGCCUCCAAAAAGCAGCAGAAUCCCAGCAUAUCCUCCUCUCAAAAGAAGUCUGAGCUGACCGUGGAGCCUCAGAAACACUCCCAGAAGAAAAAGGUCCGAAGAGAAACAUGAAGUCGCAUCACAGGUCCAAACAAAGCAUAUGCAAAUGAUUGUUAAAAGUGUCACAUGCAAUAAUUACCAGGUACAGAGUUUCUUUCUGAGAUAAUACAUUAACGGUUUAUCAGUUAUCGAAACAAAAAGAAAACAGGCAGUGGAUAUCACCUGCUUGGCUAAAUACAGUGAUGAAAUGUGGUCCUGUGGACUGAAAUCUUAACUAAUUUGCACUAUUUGCUGCACUGCAACCAGAGUGGAGUUUCAGGAGAUGUUGACUUGCAGUGGAGGUACAUGUUUAUGUGACUAUUUUUUAAUGGCAUCAAAAGUGGAGUUUUUUUCUCUCCAAGAGUGAAUGUUUAUCAUUAACACAAACAACAUAAACCAGUUUUCUUUAUUUUUAUUUCUAAGAAAAUUUAAGUUACAAGAACACCAUAAAUUUUGACUCCCCAGAAUGUUGCACUUUGUUGUGUUUGUCAUCCUGCUGCUCAUAUAUCAAUUACUGUGUGAGAUCGAGUUGCAUGUCAGUGCUAGACUCAAAUCUGUCUCAAAGGAUUGGUUUGGAUUUUUCUCUCAAGUUUAUUUUAAUUAAACACUCAAAAGGUCUACUGUAUUUUGAAAGAGUUAUGGAUCACUGCAGUUCUGGCUGUGAAGUUAUACCCUCAUAGAACAACUACAAUGUAAGAGACAGAACAAAAAUCUGCACCCCUCAUCUUGUGCAAAAAUACAAUCUCAGGUUCAGCCAAAGCUAAUAUGUGGUUUUAGCUAAUUUACGUUUAGCCACAUUGAUGGAUUUUCCUGCUGAGCUGUGGCAAAGGGAUACAUUCUGGCAGUGGCAGGAAAAACACAGGUGAUAAACCUCCAUGUGACUGCCAAGACAAAUGUACCCACUUUAUUUGAUUAUUCAUAGACUGCUGAAGCCUCUUAUUAGUGUCGGCUGAACUUUUGAAUGCAUUUUUGCAAACUGCAUAAACGGUAUUUUACUGUACCCCAUUUUUUAAAGUGUUGGCACUGUACAAAGGUAUUACUAUUUAGGUAGUAUGAACAAGAGUAAUUUUCACAGUUAUCCAUAACACUUGCAGCAUAGAUAUGACGUUGAAAGACUUGAAAAAAUUCGGAGUUGACCUUUACAGUAAAUCUAUCCUUGUACAACUCACUGGAUGUAGGCUGUGUAGUUUGUAAAAUGAAUGGCAGCUGUGGACAGGCUGAAGUCCAUGUCAGUCACAGUAGUUUCACAGCAGAAAAAAGUAUCUUGACAAUAGAAACUUCCCCACAACCACUUCCUAUAGGGUAACCCACCUAGUAAAUUCUGUACACUCAGUUUUGCCAGAAUAUGGCUAAAUAACCUGUUGUCCUGAGCUUCAGAGUUUUUAGAGGAAGAGGGAUAGCAAGACACUGAGGCUGCAUAUUUAGCCAUAUUUUGUUGAAACCAUGAUAAAAAUUUGGAACGUGACAGCUGAAAAGCUACUAACUCACCAGUCAUGUAUCAGACCAACAAGGCGAUGCUAAAAUCUGCUAUUUGGACCUUGUAAACUGAUCCUGUAUUGACACUUGGGCUGUUACUGAGCGCAGUAGUUGAUGUGAACCACCAGGAGGCACUGUAAUGUGAAGUUAAGGAGUAGUGGGAUUAUCCCAUAAAGCAGUAGCACUAUUGCGUAUUGUCUCUUUUACUUUCAUCAUUCGAAGAGUGUCUAUCUGACUAGACUGUGCGUUGAUUUUUCUAGAGACUUCAUGGUCCCUCCUUCACUCUUUAUGUUUUUUUUAAAAGAUAUUUUCUUCCAGUUUUUGUGCUAGAAAAAGCCAUGCCAUAUGUACAGAUUGUAAGGGCUUUUUCCGGUUCUGUGAUUGCACUGUGCAAAAGGCUGUAUUGAUUUCCUUUUGAUGUCAAGGAAUAGUUUUUUUACUACCUUUCUGCAGAAUGUGAAAUGUGUAACUUUUUUCAGUUCGUACCUGAUUUGCAGGAUCUAUGACGAAAAAUGUUUAGAUUUUUUUUGACGUGAACUGAGAAUGAAAAACGUACAUAGAGAUGUGAUACGGAGAAGCUUUAAUUCCACAUCAGAGUUAGUUUUAACAAGACACACACACACACAAACAUAAUUACACAUAUACAAGGGGAAUUUAAUUCCAUUGCCUUAACCUGUAGAUGUAUAGCAUUGCCGUCCUUUUUUAUAGUUUCCAUCUAAUUGUUGAUGUCAGAAUUAAUUUGAUCUUGCAUGACUUUGAUAAUAGUACUUGUGUACAUGAAAUUAAAUGAAUGAUCUCUUGCUUUAACUGUUAGUACUUGGUUCCUGGAGUACCACUCAGUGUAUAUACUGUAAUAGCUUUUUUAAGGAGACAAAUUUGCAGCUUUUCUGUGGGCAUCCGAUUUAGCGGACAUUAACAGGAGUCUGUUGUCGGUAGGCAAAAGAGCCUUAGUGCAUCAAAGUGUUGAUCAGCUGGUGGUGGUGCAUACUGCAGACUUGAUAGAACAAAAUGAUAGGUUGCUGUGGCUUCAGGCACCUUUUUUUUGGUUUGUUUGUUUGUUUUUUAAUUUUUACUGAUGAUUAAGAUGAUUCAAUCAAGGUAUUUAUAUACUUGUCUGUAGGAAAUGUUUUUUGUGAAUGAUUUUGUUAAUUGAGGAGAUUCAAAUGAUAUUUCUAUGUUUGUUUGGUAAAGAUAUAAAAAUAAAUAAGAAAUGCUUGAUAUCA